GCUUUCUUUGCAUAUAAAUGACAAGGUGACAGGUUUUUGGUUCACUCAUUGACUGCAGCUGCUUGUUCGAGCCUUCUGUCUUCGGGUCUGUUUGUGCUGUAUUAAUAGACAUCCGCCAUGUACGCCUGUGCUAAGUUUGUCACCUCACCUGCUGUGCUGCGUGGUGGGUCCAGAAUGCUGGCCCGGCCCGUGUCGGUGUCCGUCUUCAACAGACCCGAGGCCAGAACCGAGCAGCAGGCCCUGUUGCCAAUGAGUGACUCCUCUAUGGUGGCCGUGGCACGCAGCUUUCAGACCAGCGCUGUGUCCAGAGACAUCGACACCGCCGCCAAGUUCAUUGGUGCCGGAGCAGCUACUGUGGGAGUGGCUGGGUCAGGGGCUGGUAUCGGAACCGUCUUUGGCAGCCUGAUCAUUGGCUAUGCCAGGAACCCCUCCUUGAAGCAGCAGCUCUUCUCCUACGCCAUCUUGGGCUUUGCUCUGUCUGAGGCUAUGGGUCUCUUCUGUCUCAUGGUGGCUUUCCUCAUUCUGUUUGCCAUGUAAUUGGGCACUUGUUCUUCUGCAGCAUCCACUACCCCCACCUUUUGUUUUCGUCUCUUGUCAUGUCCCCCAACAUCCGCCCGGGAAUCGGAACUCUUUUUGACGUGCAGCUGACGUCGUUGUGGCAUCGCCAUUCCAUCAGAUCUAUUAUUAAAAUCCUACCUUUUUAUGUUCCUUUAUUUUAAUUAUUUUUUUUUUUUCAAAACUUUUAUGUAAGAUCUCACUCUGGUUUGGACAGUGUCUGAAUAAAUGAUUGGGAUACAUUUAUCGCCUGUCUGAACCUCAUUACAGGCAUCAGUAAGAUAUAUAUUUAUUUUUGUUUUGAAAUAAAAUUCGGGAACCACCCCAGCUUUCACAAUUCAUGUACAAGUACGUCAUGUACAUGACCAACUAAUUCCUCUUAAAAAGUUUAAGUCAAGCACUCACUGAGUAAAGGCAAAUUAAUAUUGGUCUGAAUGUGAAGCCUAAAGCUUUUAAAUUCAGCUCCUGGGAUGCCCUGCACUGGAACUUAUCUAUCCAUGUUUGGCAUACCUUACUUAACUCAGUUUUGGCACUCAUGGUUAGCUGAACGGGCCUGAUUUAGGUGCUCAAGGAUUUGGGUUAGGGAUUGGUAGAGAAUCUGCUAUGCAGGAUUUAGGAGGUUUAGGACAUGUUUCUCACUUGUUUCAUUAAACGUUGUAGCCUGGUGUCACCAUACCAGGAACUUCUCUAUGUUGUGGUCUUGAAAUAUCUAAUGCUCCCUAUUCAGUUUGUGUCUGUGGUGGGUGGAAACUGAAACUGACUCAAUUCCAUUUCUAGCUGUUGAAUGUGUCUACAACGGCUCACUAGAAUCCCCCACUCAGAGUAUAUGUAAUGGCAGAUGUAUUUCCCAUUUUUAUGUUUUAAAGUAACAGUAUGAAACAAUUUGACACUUUUUGAGGUAUGGUUUUAUAGACAACUAGUUUUGGUACCAUCCUCAAAUUCAUUUUGAUAGCAUAUGGUCAUGUGAAGGACAAUUAAACACCUGUGCCUUUCCCACGAGCCAUCCAUGAUAUGUAGUUCUGUAUACUGGGCUGGAACACUGCAAAAAUGGAAGAAAAAGCUUUCACAGCAUGACAUUUCCAGCUAUACUGCCAAAAGACACCAGUUAGUCUGUUGGCAAGCUUCUAUCAGUGUCAACUGGGCUGUUGGUGUUUGCAAGGUUUUUUUUCAUACCUUUUAGGUAGUUAGCGUCCUAGUUUUGGAACAGAACUCCUGAUUACUGCUUUAAAAGGUGUAAUUGUAUAAAGUAAAAUGUAAAAAAGGAAAUACAUCUUUGAUUAGUCUAACCAGACAGACAAAAAAACUUCUUCAGAGGCCGGUGUCAGAGUUCUGGGCAAAUUGGGCAUGACCAUGAAAGGGAGAAUUUAAUGUAUUUGCCCUUUUAGGUUAAUGUCAGUUUAGCAACACUAAUAUUGUGGUAACUACAUGUAAAUAUUGAUUAAACAACAUUUGAGGCACAGUUUAGUUCACUAGAACAUUUCAGAACCACCGGAUGUUUCCUUGACAUGUGGAAUUGAAGGCAAAAAAAGCCACUGGUUCUUCCUGAUCAAUGCGGAAUGUAUAGUGGAUAUGCAAUAUUUGCAUAGUUUAUAGUAUUUGCAUAGUAAUGUUAUGCAUUAGGAAUCCAAAAUCAACAUUUUGAGUGGAUGCCUGGUUUACUGGCUUUGUGAAGGUUUCAAGCUCAGCUUCAACCCACCUACAAGAUUACAGAAGGUGACCAGUGGUAUCUAACUCCACGCCACGUUAUCAGCAGAUCGUCAAGGUCCAGUAAGUUUCAAGGCGGAGCCACUAUGGAUCGACCUUGCAGUUCCACCACAUUGCACAAUGUGACAGGGUGAGCUAUCCUAAUGACAGGCCACUGCUGUAAGGGAAUACCUGGUCCACAACAAUGUUGAGGUAGGUGGCAUGUGUCAAAUUGACAUCCACAUGAAUGCCAUACCCAGGGUUUCCAAGCAGAACAUUGUCCAGAGCCUGACACUUCUUCCACAGGUUUGUCCCCUUAAUGUCCCUGAUAAUUGGCGCACCCCGCAAGGCUUAGUUGAGACGCUUGCAUGCAUUGUAGGCACUUUCACUGGUGGACAGGUGUUGACAUAGGAACUCUGACCCAUAUGCAGCAGGGUAUGAUGCACUGUGUGUUCUAACAUAGUCAUCCCAUAGCCAUCAUUGAUUUUAUUCUCUGACUUACCAUUGUGGUGCUCCUGUCAGUUUGAUCUUGACGGGAUAACCUUUGUUGCCCUUACACAUGGAUAAGCCUUGGACCCCCACAGCCGAUUUAACAGAACCGCAUUGGCCCCAGUGAGGUUCAGGAUUGACCUUAAGAUUUGUUUUGCUCCAGCAUAUAUCUCCAAUUUUCUUCAAGGUCCUCUGAUGAGAUUUCAGUGGUUUUACCUUGGUCUAAUUUAAUUUAAAUCAAAGGGCGGUCAAGCUUUUACUGUCAUCGGCCUCAAAUGAUGGAAUAGUUUCCCAUUUUAUGUUGGAUCUUCUGCCUGCUCGGACACUUUUCAAACCAGAUAAAUUCACUUUUAUACAUUAACUUUACCUGGGUUUACCUAAGUUCUAAGAUGUAUUCUUUUUGCUUUCAUUCUUACGUCUUUUACUCAUAUAUAUAUAUAUAUAUAUUACACUUUGCUUUUGGCUUGUUUAUCUCUUUUAUUCUUUAAUUUUAAUUUCUUUUAUAUGUUUUUUGUCUUUUAAAUCUCUUCUUUCUUUUAUUCCAUGUUUAUUUUUAUUGUUAUUUGAUUCACUUCAACCCUUACGCGCUUUGGUACAACUUGUGGUGAUUUUAAAUGUGCUAUAUAAAUAAAAGUGACUGUUGUCA